AUGUCGACCACAGAGCAUUUGGAGCUUACCAAGCCCAUCUUUGAGCACCAUCCCGAUGGCUUCGGUGUUAGCUGUCGCCGACCGCGUCUUUCAUGGAAGGUGGCCGACCCACGAGACGUGCGAGACUGGGUCCAGACGGCAUACGAGAUUGAGCUGACAUGGGCUGAAACUGGCGCCUCAGAACUGUUCAGGGUGGCCAGUGAAGAAUCUGUCUUGGUUCCUUGGCCAGGCCAGGAUUUGGGCUCGCGUCAGCGCGUGUCGGUCAGAGUCCGUUGCUGGGGCAAGUCUGUCUCUCCCGCGAGCGAGAACGAUAUUCAGGAUGGUGUUCCAACUGCCUGGUCCCCAGUAGCGACGGUCGAAACUGCGUUGCUUGAUCAAAAUGAAUGGACUGCCUCUUUCAUCACCUCUUCAGCCAAAUUCGGCUCUGAGUGGCCCCUUCACCCGCUACGCUUCCGUCGCCAAUUCGACUUGCCUCCGUCUGCAGCGACAUUCACGACUUGUCGACUAUACAUCACGGCUCUGGGGGUUUAUAAAGCCUAUCUCAACGGCCAUGCCAUAAGCGACGAAUGCAUGGCCCCAGGAUGGACCAGCUACAACCAUCGCCUCACAUAUCGCGUCAUCGAUGUCGGCCCGUAUCUCAACACCACAGGCAGCAACGUACUUUCCAUCGAGGCAGCGGAGGGCUGGUACGCGACCAAGCUGGGGUUUCGUGGAGGGUCGAGAUUCGUCUAUGGAGGCAAGGAGAUCGCUGCCAUGGCACAACUUGAAGUUGUCUCCCCGUCAGAGAAGUGGACGUUGGGCACCGACGAAACAUGGAUUUGCGGACCAAGUGCCAUCACUUCAAGCGAGCUAUACAAUGGAGAGGUUUAUGACAUGCGACUGGAAAAUCCAGAGUGGAAGACCCCCAUCAAGAGCAUGCAUGAUUCAGCCAAGAGCUGGGUGCCUGCAAAAACGAUACCUCGACCGCAACAGAUGAGCCUCAUUACGACGAACAGCCCUCCCGUUCGAAUCAUAGAAACAAGACAACCAAAGGAAAUCAUCAUAUCUCCAGGCGGCAAGCUCAUCGUGGACUUUGGGCAAAACUUGGUGGGAAAGGUCAGAGUAGAUUUUGUCUUGUUACCCGCGGACGCUCGACUUGUCUUUCGACACGCUGAAGUCCUCGAGUUUGGAGAACUUGGGACAAGGCCGCUAUGCGACGCAAAAUGCGAAGACAAAAUCAUCGGCUCUGGCACCGCAUUGAAAGACUGGUCCCCCAAGUUCACCUUUCACGGGUUUCGGUACGUGCAGGUUGAUGGCUGGCCUGGCUCUAACGACGACCUUGUCCGAAACCUUUCAGCGCUGGUGAUGCACAGCGACAUGAAGAGGAGGGGCUUCUUUGAGUCAUCAAACGAGUCGCUAAAUAAGCUUCAUUCUAAUAUCGGAUGGUCGAUGAAGGGUAACUUCUUGUCAAUCCCGACCGACUGUCCACAGCGCGAUGAGAGACUCGGCUGGACGGGAGAUAUCCAGAUCUUUUGUCCUACUGCGAGUUUCUUGUACGAUACUGUGGGAUUUCUUGAGAACUGGCUUCAAGAUCUCUCUGCGGAGCAAUUAGAGGAGGGCCGUGGUGGAAUACCAGGAUUUGUCUGCCCCGAUGUGCCCCUCCCAGACUGGCCACGGAUUCCCCAAGCCAUCUGGCAUGACGUUACAGUCUUGACGCCCCACGACCUCUACAAUUUCAGCGGAGAUGAGGCUCUGUUAGAACGACAGUUUAGCAGCAUGCAGGCUUGGCUUGAUCAGGGCGUGGAUAGAGGCGAAGAUGGGCUCUGGGACUUUUACCGGUGGCAGUUUGGCGACUGGCUUGAUCCAAAUGCGCCACCUCAAAGUCCGGCUCUUGCUCUCACGGACAAGGUACUUGUCGCAGAUGCAUAUCUUGUGCAUGUAACGGAAGUCUUUGCUGCAGUAUGCAAGGUCCUUGGCAAGUCGGAUCUCGCAGAAAAGUAUGCAGCUGAUGCUACGACUUUGAAGCGCCUCUUCCAGGACAAGUACAUCUCACCUGUGGGCAAUCUCAUGUCUAACACACAGACCGGCAUCGCUCUGGCAGUACAAUUCAAUCUUUACAAGAAUAAGAAGCAACUCCGAAACGCGGCGCAGAACUUGUCGAAGCUCGUGCGUAAUGGGCGCUUUCGGAUCGCGACCGGUUUUGCAGGCACACCAGCCAUCACACCCGCCUUGACAGCGACAUGUCAGCCACAACUAGCCUAUCGACUCUUGCUAGAACAGUCGUGCCCAAGUUGGCUUUAUCCAGUGACGAUGGGCGCGACUACCAUGUGGGAGCGAUGGGAUAGCAUGUUGCCUGAUGGGCACAUCAAUCCUGGACGGAUGACGAGCUUCAACCACUAUGCUCUUGGUGCUGUCGCCGACUGGCUUCACUCCUCGGUCGGUGGAAUUAGCCCGGUGGAUCCUGGAUGGAAGAAGAUACGCGUACGGCCUGUUCCAGGCGGCAACCUCACGCACGCGAAGGUGGAAUUCGAUGGGCCAUACGGGCUGAUCAAGUGCUCAUGGAGGUUGGACCAAGACGCGCCAGAGAAGGAAAGAUUCAGGAUGGACCUAGUGGUGCCGCCAAACUCCCACGCUGUCGUCACGUUGCCUUGCCACAUGAAGGUUGAUGUAGAGUCUGACACGGAGGAGCCGAACCAGAUCGUCGGGUCUGGGGUGCAUUUGUUUACAUGUGGUUUCGAGCCAGGGGAGUGGCCGCCGAAGCCACUUUUGCCGCCAAACUUGAGAUAUACGCCGGAUAUGGAUGAAGUAGCUACCUGA